AUGAGGAUUUUGAGUUUCUCGAGUGGAUUUGACAGGGGAAGCAGUCAAGUUGAAGGGGGCCAGAAAGUGCUUUCAGCGGCACCCUUGUGACCACACAAUGUCAGAUCAAAACAACAAAGCGCCUCAUUCUCUGGAGGACGGAGCUCAUUUUAGCGGGGAGAUGCGUGCCUCAUGGCAAGAAAUACUGUGAGGAUUCAGACUUUCGUAGAAAAAUAGAAAACGUAUGUAAGACUUUUUACGAAGACCCUGCCUGUAGUGCAUUAUGGGGACAUGCAAAGUGUGUGAGAGUGUAUUUAAAGACCACCAUUAAACACACAUGAUGCUUUCUGAUGCACUACGGUCAUAACAAACAUAUGGACGUGACUUAUGAUGUCAUCACAACCACAUCUAUAGCAUAAUAUAGUGAGGACGUUAUGCUUUUAUGAUGCACAAUAUCAACAGUCAUAAAACAUUAUAUAGGUCACUUAUAAUGAAUAACUUCAAGAUCGAGUGAAUUAUUCACGGUGUGUGUUCAUCUAAACACACACAACGCUCUCUGUUGCACCACGUGAACACACACACACAGCGCUAACGAUGACACUUAAAAUUAACCACGUAAUGAUGAAGCGUGCACAUUAGUGCGACCGCGUCUGUCGGCCCAUCUAUAAUGCACCACAGCAGGUCAUGACCAUGCAUGUAAUGUGUUGUAAUGUGCCUAAAGUGCCUCAUAAUCGCAGUUAUACGCAGACAUGGAUACUCAUGACAGACUUACAGCAGUGACCUAUAAAUAUAAAUAUUGAGAAUGCUUCAGUAGUCAUAAAACAUUAUAAAGCAUUUGGUUGUGCGUCAGGGGUAGGGCCAGCGUCUUGAUAGUGGAAGGACGCUGGAUCGAUUCCCCCUGGUCUGCAUGUUGAAGUGUCCUCAGGCAAGAUACUGAACCGCAAAACUGCUCCUGGUGUGCUUGGCCGCCACCGCCAUCAGUGUAUGCAUGUAUGUAUGUAAACGGUAAGUCACUUUGGACAAAAGCUUCUGCUAAACUAUGGAGCUAAAUCGGGGUCAAAUGUCAUGAGGUCAACUCUUCAUAGCUUCAUUGCUUCAUAGACUUCAACCUAAAAUAAGUGUAAUUUUCCAACCUGGAUGUUAUGAAACGACAAAACAAAUGGACCUUUAACCUUCAGUAGUGCAACAGGAAGCAUGAUGUGUGUUGAUCAGUGUAGUCACAGAGCGUCAUGAAAGCCUCACAGUGCAACUUUAAAGCAUAAAGCCUCAUCACAAGUGUCUCUCCCAUCUCGCAUCCUUCUUCACAAGUCCCUGUCUGCUGUGUGUGACGCUGACCCAUAAAUCUGAGCGCGAGGCGCAGGACAGCAGGGGCCGUAAAAGGUGGCUGCGCCGGUGCUGAGCUGCGUCGAGGCGGCUGAUUGUGCCGAGUGUCCGCGGCACGAUAAGACUCCCGGCAGGCGAGAGAAGCGGGCGGUGAUUGUUGCUGCGUGUGGCGCGCAGGGAGGGCGCCCGGAAACCCGCGUGUGCGUCAGGAACUCGAACACACUGUAAAAAGUGUCAUUAACGCUCACCCACAAAGUCGAUUACGACCAUUUCGACUUCAAACUGGCGUCGCUUUGAAUUUGCUUAAAAGUGAUUCUUGAACAGUGGAUUCAGUGAGUUAAAUAAUCCCACUUCUGUCUGGAUUUCCACUGGAUAUUCAUCCAAAUCUCAGUUGCGCAGAGAGCAGGAACACGUCCAGGAGGGGGAAAAAAGGGAGAAUUUAACUGAAUUAAAAUCAGUGAACAGCUGAGUCAAACCACUUUAACGCGCUUCCCCACGUGUUGGAGCAGCUGAAACCUCGCCGCUGAAUGACGGAUCGGGCGCUGUCGUCUGUUUUCUUGCAGUGUGCGGAGUGUGGCACCGCUCUGCCGGCCGAGCUGGAGAUCUCAAUGCGCCCUCCCCCUUUUUUUUCCUCCCUUUUUUAUUUUUUUGACACACGCCGUCAGAUCUGCUCUAAGAGCCUAUCGCAGUUUGAGACUCUCACUUUACGGUCGCACACACACACACACACACACACACCAAAAAAAACACACUCCUCAACUCCACCGGUGGUGGUGGGGGGGACGCAGAUACCAGAUGAGAUUUGUGUCCAAGCGCGCACCGAUGGCGGUGUGAGGCGUGUGUGUUUUUGCGCUGAGAAGUACGCACGGCGCUGUGGAUUGGGGAACCUAAUUUUUUUUAUUUUUGUUUUUUCUUGUCGUGCAUCUUUUUUUUCCUGUCUGGAUCCCGGUUGAGGAGUUUUGGGGGGAAAUAAUAAACAAUGGAUUACUCAGUGUGCCUACUUUUACUCCUGUCAAGCAUUUCGUCUGUGUCGGUCGGAGCCGGAUUCCCAACAGCGCAGAUAAUAAAGGCAUGGGUGGAACAGAUGCAAAAAGAGCUGAUCACAUUAACAGACACAGCCAGCGGUAUGGAACACCUAAUACAGAUAUAUCGCAAACACAGUCCCCACUUCACCGUGGAAACCAACAAUGCGACAGAACUGGUGGCGACGGCUGCUGGGAAUAUAGAGAGACUGCUGGCCAACCGCUCUGAAGCCCUCAAGAGGCUGGCAGCAGAAGCAGAGAAGUUCCAAAUGGAGCACGAGUGGAGGGACGACAGCGAGUUGGACAAAAUCGUUUACUACAAUGCCAAAGAGGAUAUUAAUCAGACAGAGGAACUGAAGAAAAAGAAGAACCGAUAUAUUCCAGAUGACUUUGAGGAAGACCCCGACUUCAAGCGACUCGUCUCGUACAACACCACCGCCGUCCACAUCCCCACGGAUAUAUACGAAGGCUCUACCAUCAUUUUGAAUGAGCUAAAUUGGACAGAGGCCUUGGAGGAUGUUUUCCGGAAAAACAAAGAGGAAGAUCCGUCACUCCUCUGGCAGGUGUUCGGCUCCGCCACCGGAUUGGCACGGUACUACCCAGCAUCCCCUUGGACUAACUCAAGCAAUUUACCCAACAAGAUCGACCUCUACGAUGUGCGCAGACGACCGUGGUACAUUCAGGGGGCAGCGUCACCCAAGGACAUGCUGAUCCUGGUGGAUGCGAGCGGCAGCGUGUCGGGCCUCACCCUCAAACUCAUCCGACAGUCCGUCGGCAAAAUGCUGGAGACGCUCUCCGACGACGACUUCGUCAACGUGCUCUUUUUCAACGAGGGCGCCAAUAACGCGUCGUGCUUUCAGAACCUGGUGCAGGCCAACGUCCGCAACAAGAAUAAGCUGAAAGCGGAUGUGAACAAAAUCACCGCCAAGGGCAUCACCAACUACAAAGCAGGCUUCGAGAUGGCGUUCAAGCAGCUCGCGCAGACAAAUGUGGCACGGGCCAACUGCAACAAGAUCAUCAUGCUCUUCACUGACGGAGGAGAGGAGAAGGCAGAGGAGAUCUUCAAACUAUACAAUCCUAAUCAAGCGGUGCGCAUCUUUACAUUUUCAGUCGGUCAGCACAACUAUGACAAAGGGCCGAUACAGUGGAUGGCCUGCACUAACAAAGGCUACUACUAUGAGAUCCCGUCUAUAGGUGCCACUAGGAUCAACACUCAGGAGUACCUGGAUGUUCUGGGCAGGCCCAUGGUCAAGGAAAGCAGGAAGGCCAAGCAGGUUCAGUGGACCAACGUCUACCUGGACGCACUGGACCUCGGCCUGGUGAUCACUGGAACUCUGCCCGUCUUCAACAAGACAGGCAUGGGCACAAAGAAAGCUCCAAAAUAUCAAAACCAGCUCAUCUUGGGGGUCAUGGCCAUUGAUGUGUCCCUGGAAGAUAUCAAGAGACUGACGCCUCGUUUCACUUUUGGACCAAAUGGCUACUACUUUGCCAUCGACCCGAACGGAUACGUGCUGCUCCACCCUAAUCUCCAGCCACUGACUUUAGAGUUUGCUGACCCGGUAACGCUGGACUUCCUGGAUGCAGAGCUGGAGAACGACAUCAAAGUGGAGAUAAGGAAGAAAAUGAUCGACGCUCAGACAGGAAGUUACACGAUAGAUACUUUGGUGAAAUCCCAAGACGAGCGAUACAUUGACGUAGGUAAGAGGACGUACACCUUCGCACCAGUGAAGGGGACAGACUACAGCCUGGCCCUGGUCCUCCCUGACUACAGUAUGCAUUACAUCGCGGCUAAAAUCGGCGACACAAUCACCCAGGCCAAAUCCUUUUUGGGGAAAAAUGUUUCCGAAAGCCUGCUGGCAGACAAGUUCGAUGAGUAUGGCUAUACAUUUAUUGCACCGAGAAUGUACUGCAAGGACUUGAAGCCUGACAAGAAGAAAAACAACACUGAGUUCCUCAUGGAUUUCAACGACUUCAUCGACACAAAGACUCCAAACCACCCAUUGUGUAAUGUGGAGCUGGUGAACAGAUUGCUGCUGGAUGCUGGCAUCACCGCUGAGUUAAUCAAGAUUUGGAAAUCUAACGGGUUGCAGGAUGGUGUCUUGGCCAGAUUUGUUGCCACUGAUGGAGGGAUCACACGGGUCUACCCCAAAAGUGCUGGGCUGUCCUGGAAAGAAGACCCAGAGACGUACGAGUCGAGCUUCUACAAGCGGAGUUUGGAUAACGACCUGUACAUCUUCACUCCAACUCCCUACACUAAAGAGAACUCGAGUGACGACUCGAUCCUGGUGAGCAAAGCAGUACACAUCGAGAUAAAUGGUAUCACACUCAAGCCAGCUGUGGUCGGCGUGAAGUUGGACAUCAGUGCCUGGAUGGCGAGCUUUAUCAACACCACGUACAGGAUGGACUGCAAUGAUGAGAUCUGUGAUUGCGAGAGAAACAGUGAGACUGUAGACUGUUCCAUUCUGGAUGACGGGGGCUUCCUGGUGAUGUCCAAUCAAGAUGAUGAUAUUUCUAAGAUCGGGCGCUUCUUCGGUGUUGUCGACCCGGCCCUCAUGGCAGAACUGCUCAACGAGUCUCUGUUCGACAUUAAGAAGACCUUCGACUACCAGUCGACCUGUGAUCCCAAGAAAGAAAGCAAGGCAGCUGCAGGCCUGCGAUCCGUCUACGUGCCCACAAUUGCCGAUAUUUUGAAUGUAGGAUGGUGGGCGACGGCUGCAGCCUGGUCGAUACUGCAACAGUUACUGGUCAGCAUCACAUUCCCCAACUUCCUGGACGCAGCCGAGAUGGAGGACGAGAUGUCGGACGGCAAGCACAAACAGGCCUGCAUCACCGAGCAGACGCAGUACUUCUUCGCUGACGACCGGUUGUCGUUCUCUGGCAACUUCGACUGUUUGAACUGCUCCAGGAUGUACCACGCCGAAAAGCUGCCCAGGACGAACCUGGUCUUUAUCAUCGCUGAUAGAAAAGGCUUAUGCUCGGCCUGUCCCAGCAAGCCGAUAACACAGGAAGAAAAGCAGUCUGAAGGCCCUGAUCCGUGUAUACUGUCCAACAACCCUCGGUACAGAAAAGGGCCUGCAGUCUGUUUUGAUAACACCGAACAUGAUGAGGCCAUGUGCCGAAGGAGGAGCGCAGGCUCCCCAUUGGCCUCCUCUCUGCUCAUGUUACUGCUGCCACUGUUCAUGUGCUGUCUCGGGAGGAGGACCCUGACUGUGGCGGUGCAUCCGGUCUGAGCCCCUCACUCUGGCUUAUGGUGGCCCUUCAGCUGGUGCUCCUCUGGGUGUUGACCGGCUCCAGACACCACGCCAUCCCAUCAUGACCUCCGAAAAACCUCCCGAUCGCACCCUCUCUCCCUCCCUCGGUUAUCUCCCAGAUGGCAACCAGCAUGCAACGCUGCCACCGAAAACGAUGAACGCAGAUGACAAAGCGCUUGUAACAAACAAAAAAGAAAACCAACCUGUGAGCCCCACACUCUGCCCGUCUCUUCUUUUGAUACGUUCAUUUUCAGGGGUCACUCGAAGCGAUUUCACCGGAUGCGAGGGGAGCAAUGUGACGAAAGAAGUGAAUGUUGGAAGAAAGAUAAGAAAGAACUUGAGCUUCUGCUGUCGUUCAUCUGGUCAGUGGUCCCCCUCCCCCUCCUGCCAGCUGAGAUCAGAGGGAAUCCAGAGAUUAAUUUUGAUUGGCAACUUCUGAACUUUCUCUGGCUUGAUGUCACUGAUGAAAGAGAUCGGACUGUCUCAUAGUAUCCGAGGGUUUUUAAACACAUCACAAAGAAGGGGGACUUGGUGUUUAUUGAAGAUGUUGAGCAGUUUUAUCCACCACUGCCAGAAUCAGCGCUGCCCUUUGCGAGCGCACCGUUUAUUUUGAAUCGAUUUGCCGUGGCUAGUUCUUAGGUAUUUAUUUAUUUUUUGUGGUUGAGAAUUCGGCUAAGAUUGCAGUAAUGUACGCCAAACUGUUACAUCACGAGCCCGCGCCCUUCACUUGCCGCCGUUGGGUUGCUGAUGAUAGUGUUGUCGCAGUCUGAUUUUUAGAUAGCGCUUUCACAGUGUCUCACAACAUUACAAUGGUUUUACUUUCACCCCGGUGUUCUUUCAUGUAGAUACCGUAUUUGCAGUGUGGAAAUCAUGUUCAUUGUUAUAUUUAUGCACAGAAACCACCCCCCUCGACUGCCACCGAGCGCCCGACUUCUUCUUCUAUACGGAAUUUUCACUUCGUGGCUAAUCAGCCACCCAUCAACUCUUGAUCAAGAGUGGUGAACGAUCCGGAUUUCCCACCUCGGUGUUGGAUUGCUCCAAUGAAAACGUUGUUGCCAUAGUGCGUAUUAACCAGUCGGGGUGAGCCCGGCUGGUGUCCUAUGCAUGCUCAUUGGACAGAAUCUCGAGUGCCAUGUGGAGUGCGUGACUCAGACGAACGCUUUAGCUUCACAGGCUGUGGCUAGCACGCUACUGUUUGUUUUAUCGCAACUCACGAGAGCGAACGAAUGAGGAGGGCAUCGGAAUUUGUGUUUUGACAUUUUGCUCGGCAAAAACAGGACACUCAUACAUUUGUAUUCACUGCUGUCACUUUGUGAAUUAAAUGACUACUAUCUGCACUGCGUUUCAAAGUGCAGCUGUGAUUUGUCUUUGCAGUUUGGUCUCCUGACUGAAGAACAACCUCUCCAUCUGUGUAGUAGCGAGGUUCCCUCUUUCAGUUUCUUAUACUGUGGUAUGAUAUCAACCCAGCAGAAAUCACUGCAGUCAGUCCACGCUGAUGUCUGAUCCUGUCUACUGCUGUAUUUCAUUUUGAUCAAUGUCAGUUCAUCUUGGUUCAUUUUGUGUGCUUUAUUUUUCCAGUUACAUACACAAAACAACUAAGCUUAAGUGUGAAAACUGACGGAUUUUCUGUUGAUUGUUGCAUUUCAAGGAGACCUGUAAUGCUUUUUUGUUUUCAUUUUUUAAAGUGUUUUAUAAAGGUUCUUGCGCAUGUAGUAAGGUCUUGAAAGUUCGGGUCAAGGUCCGCACCAACAGAAGCUCCUCCCUCCCUCAGAAAACACUGCUCCUUGAACGCCUCGUCACUCAUCCCGCCUAAAACCCCGUCACACAAGGUCACACAUUUGCAUUAUUUAUGCCUAGCGGCUAGUUUGGUGCGUAAGAAUUGAUUUAGCACAGCUGGCUCGGGCGUGUGUGAGCUGACCAAUCAGAGGAGACUUGGUAUUUGGGAGGAGGGGCCUUAAGGAGAUGGGAGUAAAACUGAUGUGUUUUCGUUAACACCAAAGCAUGUAAAGUGACUCCAGUAGUAACCUGAAAUAGAAUGAUGAAUUAUUAGUACUAUUAAAGAAAUUAUAACAUUAUAAGUUACUUUGAAAAUCAUCAAUAAUCUCAUCUCAUUGGCCAGAGAGCAAAACAGUCAAGUUUCUAUGAAAAAUGUGCUACUCAGCCACUUCUGCCCCAAAUAAUUGAGAAUAACACAUUUUGCAGGAACAAAUCUGAGCAAUGUAAGCCACUAAAUCUCCAUGCGAUAAUAAUUCUGUGGGCAAGGGCACAAGUAUUCAACUCACUUUGUUAAUUUCUCAAUGGAAAUGUAAAUCCAGAUCAUGCUUCGCGUUGUUGUUGUUGGUUGACGCUCGUAUCCGCAUGUAUUGAGGAAUACAAGACACAUAUCGAGGCAGGAAAUGAUCUGUCCGGCAGAAAACUUGCGUGAUUGUGUAAUAGAAAAAUCGUGUAAUUGUUUUAACCAGCUGCAGUUGGCUCUUGUUUGUCACGGCUGUCACUGAGCAAUCCCAUAAUGUUAUCAUUAUGUUGACGUGUUUUUUUGGUUCUGGGCAAGAACUGACAAUCGCAGGCUAAAACGAUUCACAUGUCCAUUUUUUUUUAGAUUUUUUUUUAUGAUACCUCAUAAGUUCACAGAGAAGACUGAAAUGGUUGCCAAUAUUUACAGCUGCUUACGGAUGCACUUCAUUGUUUUACUGCGUUAUAGCCACUCCAAAUCACCAAAUUUCUCUCAAAACCACUGUUAGACAUUUCCAAUUUCAACUGUUUCAAAUCACAACACAAACAGAGGACGUAAAUUGGGGACUUGGCAUGUUACAGACGGCACGAAAACAAAACCACUGAGUUCAGAAUAACUGAGUCGAAUAAACAAUUACGCAUGUUCGCAGGAAACUACUUUAAUUCUGUGGGGAAGUGAAAGAAAACCCACAAAAAUCUCUUAGCUGUGUGCACCACAUCAUUUACCACUACCAUCUCUCUCCCUUUCCAUUGAAUAAUUGCUGUGACAACAUUAAAAAAAAAUGUCAGUUUUGAAAUAAUAAGCAUUCCUCUUGAGUCAGAUCAAGGAGCGCCGUCUUGUUGGUCUCAUUUUGUGGCAAGCCUCCUCCACCAACAGCAUCGUCAUCAUAACUUUCCAAGUGGUCUGAGGUGCACUUUUUGCGCUCUCUCUCUCUCUCUCUCUCUCUCUCUCUCUCUCUCUCUCUCUCUUUCUCUCUCUCUCUUCAUCUUCCAACUAAAGACAAUGUGGUGAAACUAACUAAUGGUAUUUAUGCUCAAGAAUAUCAAGUGCCAUAUAGGACUCUCUUAUUCUCUUGUGGAGAAACCUAUUAUCGUAAAUACAACAUUUAUGCAAUUUACCAAGAUGUAAGUCUCAUAAGUCGUUUCCCUGUGCUGCAUGGUAGUGGCUGACAAUUUGAUGAAGAAAAAAACAAAAAAGAAAAGAAAAGAAAAAAAAUAUGCAUAUAUAUCCGGCGUGCUCCUGCUUUAGUGUGUAAUGUUGGGAAGCAUCAUAUUCUGGGUGUCAGGUGUUUAUUCAUGAUAUGAUAUGGUAUGAUCAGCUACUACUGCCUUUCUCUUGGGGGGACAGCAUUUGGUUCCCCGCUGGUCUGAGUCAGCUGGGGGAAGAGGAACCCGAUUGGCCAGCGCAAUGUUUGAAUGCACUACUUGAUCUGUCUGAUUGGUUCGAGCAAUGUAUGAAGGGCCAUACCAGUGACUCAGCAAGGUCGGACUUCAAACUCCAAAUAAUGAAUACUUGAUGCCUGUCAGGUGGCCUGUCAGUGAGCCAGUGGAUGGAUUAAAACUGUGGAUAGACAUUCAUGUUGUCCUGAUGACUUUGGUCUCCCCUAGUUGUACUGUAGCGCCACCAUGAGUUUCAGAUUUGUGGCUUUAAAGGUGCAAUAUGUAAGAAUUGGCCAGCUGUCUACUUCACACAAAAAAAGGACUGCACAUCACCAGAGUAGCCACUAACUGCAGGGAGAUGUUGCUGUUUUUAGCUAGUUAGCUCGAUUAGCCGUGCAUCUAGUGGUCUGGACUGGGAGCUCGGAGCACGAGGGGUUGGUGUCUUUGGACUGGACAUGGACAAAUGACUUCUCCUCUGCAAACCGGAUAAUCUCCGCAACGCACCUCAUAGAUGACAUGACAUCAAAAGAGCUGUUUUUCACGUUCUGUUGAUGAUCUUUUGCUGCUUUUUUGAAAUGUUUUUAACCUACAUAUUGCACCUUGAAGUGAAAUAUCCCAGGUUUCAGAGAGAUUGCUAUGAAAAUUGUAGAAAUUUUAAUCACUUCUGAAGUCAUCCUUUAACUUUAAUUUAGUGCCGUCAUCAGGUCAAUACUUCUGUGUGUCCAGUAAUGUAGUUUAGGACUACAUACCUGCAAAACUAAUGACAUCACCCCCAACUGUGUUGUGGUCAGCACUAAAACAAGGAAAACAAAAUGAAAUUAUAACAUGUUAAACUACGGAAAUAUUGUAAAAAGAGAAAAGGCUUGUCUCCUCUUAUUAAUCCUGUAUUCCAACGAGAGUUAUUCAUGUUGUAGCCUACUGGACGGUAAUACAUGUGCUUCAGGUUGACCUCUGCAUGUAAGUCUAUCCCUUACAGUGAUUAGCUAUAAUGUAAAUACCCUCAUAUCAAAUCACAAGGGCAGACACUCUAACAACAAAUGGCAAAAGCUAAUUUCAUGUGGUUGACUUUUAAAGCUCCCAAAACCCGCCCACAGAGCAGUGUGGGCAUGUUGUGGCUCACUUCUUAUGAAUGUUAUUAAGUCAGUGAUAAAUGGGCAUUUUGUUCUCUUAAGAUAAAUGUGCCUGUUUUCAUUAGAUAACAACAACAAAAAACAACAUCUGAGCUCAAGAUAAGGGGAUUAAAAAUUGCAGAUGUGGUUCUCUGCUUCCGUACUUAACAAAGAUGGUCGUGACAAUUUAAUUUCAAGCUGUACAGGAAUGAAUGGAAGUCAGUGGCUGCCUGAAAAGUAGUGGAGAAAAUUGGAAAUAUGCGUGAAUUGUAGGUGAGAGGAUAAACCUGCAAAAACACUGGUAUGGUCCUCCGAAGUCACUCGAGGCAGAUAUGUACAUUGUACAGAUAUGAAAAAUAACCUAAUCGCGUAGAAAUGCACAGAAAACCGCUGGACGGAUGAACGCGAGCUUCGCACUCGUCCAGAUGUCCCGUUCUACUCUUAAGUGCUAAAAUCAGAUGCUGUCACCUCAGGAACAAUACUCUCUCGAUGUGAUAUGAAGUGUUUUUUGAUUCUGUUGGUGCUCUCUGUACGGACUGUGUGAAGUUGGCCUUUUUAUUUCUGGAAUCUUGAGGAUUGCUUACUGUGUGUUUUUUUUUUGUGUGUCUUUUUUUGUGUUACCUUUCACUGCCACUCUUUGGCAGACGACUGGCGGGGGGCCUGUCAGUCAAUCUUUUCUCUGCCUUUUCAGCUUGAAGGCAGGCUCUUGAUGGAAGCGUCCACCGAGUCACCCCCUCGCCAGACUCCGCGUUGGGGAAGUUUUGGCGACAGGCCCCUCUGUCAGUCUCCCUCGAUUGUGCUUUAAUAUGUUACACUUUAGUGGAAAUCGAUUCUCCAGAAUCAGUCCUGUAAAAAAAAGAAUUUGUACAAAAACGGAUGUUGUUCACAACAAAAAAGAAAAAAAGAACAAUGUUUAUAAUCCUGGGGAGGAAAAAAAAAAACGUGUUCAUGUGCAAAUAAGGUAUAUUCAGAAUAAAAGUUUAUGAUUACUA